CGUUUUCUUCUCUCACUUCUUUUGACGGAAACUUGUGCCUUUUUCGGGACCGUAUUUACGGGAAUGGGAAUAUACUGCCCAAAAUCAGAAAUGAGUUUCGAGUAGCGCUGAAAUGUGACGAAUGCUAGGACUUAAAGUACUGCGCGGAUAUUUGCGGUUGCCUUUUAAAUAAAUCUCUAAUUUUGGAUGGAUGAAAAUGCUCAACUAUUUAGGUACUGAUUUUAAACAAAUGGCCCAAAAAUGGUCUUGGAAUUCAACUUUUAGUUCAUCUUGCGUACACUUGCAUAUUUGCACCGGAAACAGGAGCCACCGAUGUUCCUCCAACAGAACAUGACACCGUAACAUCAGACAAUAUUACCACUACUCCAAAAUACGUAUACACUGGUCGAAAUGAAAAACAGAUAGAAAAAAUAUUUAUGAAACACGGAAUCAUACCCGAUUUAAUAGACGAAGCUCCUAAGUAUGAACUGACCAUCCAUUACGUCGGAGGAGUUCGACCCGAUUUUGGGACGAAACACUUGGUAGAUGAAUUGAGGUAUGAUCCUUAUGCCUUGGAAUUUCCAACAGAGCGACAUGUUUUGUACUCGUUGUUCAUGUUUGAUUUAGAUUCGCCCUCCAGGGAAAAUGCGACUAAAAGGUCAUACUAUCACUGGGGUUUGGCCAACAUGCCAGGAUUUGAAAUUGAGACAGCCGAAAUAUUGGCAAAAUACCUCGCACCGUUUCCGAAGAAUGGCACAGGGCCACAUCGGUAUGCUUUUCUUGUAUACAAACAACCAUUCUACAGAACUCUGUACCUGGAGCCACGAUUGAAUCACCUACCAGACAACACACACCGUGCGAAAUGGGAUAUACGCAGGAUUGUAAAAAAAUACAAGCUCGUGGGACCUGUGGCGGGAAACUUUCUCUACUGCGAGUGGACUCCGCCAUCGGCAAAUCCUUACAUGGGUCACAGCAUCAUACGACCUGAUGACGAUGGCUCCUCUAAGAAGAGAGGUUAUGGAAGGAACUACAAGAAAUUACGGACAACAACGACUCUGAUUCCACCAGAUGUAUUGGAACCGUCGGAUAUAGAAGGUGCAGACCCGGUGUAGAUAUGCCCGUAAUUAGGUCAAGUCGGAUGGUCCCAAAGAGGAAAUAAAAGUUCACAUUGAAUAGGGAAAGUGCGUGACCACCAGA